CUCCGUUGUGACGUCACCACGCUGCCGCCGUAGGGACGCAGUGAGUCGGAGCAGCGCUCAGUCCAGUCAGUGUGCGUCCCGGUCCGUGAGUAGUUUGGAGCUCAACUUUCUGCUCGUCUCUCUGAUCCGUGCGCGGUGAGAAACCUCCACGAUGGGUUGCUUUGAGUGCUGCAUCAAGUGUUUAGGUGGAGUACCCUACGCAUCGCUGGUUGCUACAAUCCUCUGCUUCUCUGGCGUUGCCUUGUUCUGUGGGUGUGGUCAUGUGGCUCUCACUGGCACCGAGAGCAUCCUGGAAACCCACUUCUCCAAGGUCACAACUGACCAUGCCAUGCUCACCACUGUAAUACAGCUGAUGCAGUAUGUCAUCUAUGGCAUUGCUUCGUUUUUCUUCCUGUAUGGGAUCAUUCUGCUCGCUGAGGGCUUCUACACAACCAGCGCCGUCAAGGAGUUGCACAGCGAGUUCAAGACCACCAUCUGUGGACGCUGCAUCAGUGGAAUGUUUGUGUUCCUGACAUACAUCCUGGGCGUGGCCUGGCUCGGUGUGUUCGGCUUCUCUGCGGUGCCCGUCUUCCUCUUCUAUAACAUGUGGUCUACCUGCAACGCCAUGAAAUCUCCGACGAUCAACAUCACAAACAUCGACUCCAUCUGCGUUGAUGUGCGCCAGUACGGAAUCAUCCCAUGGAACGCCACACCAGGGAAGGCCUGUGGCGCUACGCUUGGUGACAUCUGCAGCUCCAGUGAUUUCUACCUGUCUUAUCACCUGUACAUCGUAGCCUGUGCUGGUGCAGGAGCCACAGUGAUCGCUCUCAUCCACUUCCUCAUGAUUCUCGCAGCAAACUGGGCGUACCUUAAGGAUGCCAGUCAAAUGCAUGCCUACCAAGACAUCAAAAUGAAGGAAGAGCGGGAGCUGCGGGACAUCACCUCACACUCAAAGGAAUGCCUCAAUUCCUACACAUAAAGGAUGAUACACACUGAAGACCAACACACACACACACACACACACACACAUACACAUAGGGACAUGCAUACACUGUGGACUCUGCUAAAAUAACCUGCCUACUGCAUACACUGUGCAGAACUAACCCAACUCCUAACAAACUAAUGCACAAGUGCUGCUUCCUGCACCAGCUUUCACCACUGCUAAAUUAACAUUUUCUGUUUUGUAGAGAAACGUGACUUUUGAUAUUCAUGCUGUUACUGUUUUGCUUUUCUAACCCUUUCUAUAACCAGUUUGCUGGUGAAUGCUGAGAUGUUGCACUAUGCUUAUUCAGUGUAGUCUGUUUUGCUUUGUCUUUGUUUCUGAUUGUCUGUGGUCAGGUUUCAACCAGAGGCCAUUUUCUCUAAUAAAAAUGCAAAAGGAAGCCCUUACAUCUAAUCCUAGUUGGUUUGUCUCAGUCUGCUGACACAAGACUAAUGCGAUUAUGUUGUAUUUUUACAUAAAACAUUUAGAGCAGUGUUUUGUGCAAAAAAAUUGCUUCAUGAUUGGCCUCAGUUUGGAGAAAUAUAGAUUGUUAUACAGGACUGAUGAGCUAAUGGCUAGUUUGAUUUUUUAUGUUUUGCUCUUUUGAAAAUGGAUGUCAUAAAUCUCAUAGGUCUUUGUUUUUUUCAAAAAUGUAGCACUUCAGUGCAUCUGCAAAAUGGGAGUGUAAAUGUUUCCACAAUGUUGAGUAAAAAUAUUUAAUGUAGGUGAUUUGAGCAGUUUCAAGCUAGCAGUAACAGUCUUGAGCUCAGACUAGCAGUUAGCUCAUCAGUCUUGAAGGGCUUAAAGCUGCAACGACAAAUCUGAAAAACAAGCUUUUAAACACAAACAUGGCCAAUGGGACUAGCGAGAGUUCCAUGACCAUCAUCCUUAGAUUACAUCCAUCUGAACAUGCGUUGCCAAGGAAACGACAUGGUGCUAAACACCAGUUGCAGUUUUCUAGAUCCAAACGUCUUUUGUUGUCCAUGACUUAAUUGUGCUUUUCUUUUUGGGACUCUGGUAGUUUGCUCCAAGAUAAAUGACCCGCACUUGUAUAGCGCCUCUCAGAGUAAGGACUCCAAAGCGCUUUACACUAGUGUAUCAUUCAUCCAUUCACACACUGAUGUGUGGUAGUUUGAAGUGGUAGAAGCUGGCUGUUCCUCCUCCACUGAUAAUAUUGAACCUCUCAUACCAGUGGUAUUCUGUUGUUAAAUGCGGGAGUGGAAUGAAAGGGGGACCCAGGUAAAUACCGAAGUGCGGUGGUUUGGUGAAAAAGAACACCAGAUGGUCCAAUUGUUGGCUUCGGACCGGUUUUUAGACGGUUUUAUUUUCUUUUAAAUCUCCACAAUAUAUUUAUAGCUAUAUUAUAUAAACAUUAAGAGGCAUGAAAAAUAUUUUAAGCUAGCUUGUUUUGCAGGUUUGCCAUUGUAGCUUAAUCUGUUUCUCAGAACUUGUUCAGGAAGUGAUCUACAGUCAGUUAGAUGGAAAUUAUUUUACUUUCACACAAAAACAUUGUUGAAAAUGGCAGAAAGAUUAAUCAUUACAAAUUGGUUAAAAAUGUAACUGUUAAGCUAAUAUUAGUGUUUAAUUGGUUUCAGACUAUUUUUAUUGUACAGCUAAUGAAAUUAAAACAUUAAUGGCCUACAUUAACUCUACCUCAGGUUUGCAUUAGAACUUAAGGACAAGGUCUCUCUCUCUCUCUCUCUCUCUCACACACACACACACACUUUAUUCUUGCAAAACAAUAUAAACUUCUCAAAAAAAAUUUCCUUAAAUCUGUCACAGCUUCCUAGGAAGAUUAAGACUACAGUAUCUGAUGCUCUUCCAUUUUUAUUUUAGUGAGAAAGGGGAAAAAAGGGUGUGUGACAGCUUUCCUGUGAAAAGAAGCUGAAGAUGGAUUGUUACUGUAAAUAACAAUUUUGGUAUUGUAAUAUGUGUAUUUCUAUGAAAAUUUAGAUUCCUUUCAAAGAAUACAUAAUCAUGUCCCGUUGCUUUUGACACUAGUUUUAGUUUGAAGCCGUGUAAAUACAAAUUCUAGCAAUUUAAAGCUACUUAUUCCUGAUUUAUUUAAAUAGCUUUUGUUUCAUUAUUUGUUUUUUUACAUUAUUACUCAGUAUUCACUAUUUCUGUUAUUUGGGUUACAUGUACAGUUGUAGGGAGUGUUUGACCCUUUUCUUUAAAAAAUAACUGAAUUAGGAUGAAUAACUUUUAUAUAGCUAGUAGUUAUCAGUGUUUGUAAUCGAGUUUUUAAAAGCAUUUGUAGUUUUUUCUAUGAUGUAAAGGGCUUCCUCUUGAUUUCCAGGUGACGUUUAUAACAACCUCAAGAAUCAGUGAUUUUAAACUUUCUAUGUAGCCAAAGUCUUAAGUCCCAGUGAGGUUUGAUGAGAUAAAUACAACAUUUCCACUUUUUAAUGUGGGACAGGCAUUCAGGGGCAGAAUUACAGACAUGCAUGAAGAUUGUGUCGUCUAGGUAUUUUUUUGCCUUUUGAAUGAACCAAAAAGGAAACGCUGUCCAUCAAUCACCAGGAAGACGACCAACAACAACCAUGUCUGGCUGGAAACACUUUCACGCAACUGUACUGUCAUGAUUACUUUUAUUCUUUUUUUUUUUUAUAAAUGAAAAACAAAAACUGA